UCCGAUCGAAGUGAGUUGAAUAUAAUCGAAAAAUGGUCUGUGGCCGAAAGUGCUGUUUGUUCUGCCUGUUUAUGAGCUCGUGGGGCUUCCUGAUGCUGAAUCUUCUGGGAAUUUUUUUCUAUAUCAAAUCACUGAAUCUGCUGGAGGCCCUGCCCCUGCCCCAUAACUUCAGAAGUCCGGAGGAGUUUAAGGAGCAGGCGGAUGCGGCCUACCUAAAAGUAUCCAUCCGAUGCUUUGUCGCAGCCGUCGUCUAUCUGGGAUUCGUAUUCAUGUCGAUAGUGUUCAUCCGCCGUGACAUCAAGAGGAGGAAGCGGCUCUAUAAAGGGGGUGCACCCCGACACCGACAUUGAUCUGUGUUUUC